AUGCAUUACCAACUAUGGUAUAUACGAGAUAUCAGUGUUAAAAAAAAAAGAGGGGACAACUUUGCUGUAGUUCCCAAGUAUAUUCCGGUGGAAGACAUCGUAGCCAACAUUGAAGCCGGUCUCCACAAGCUUCCAAAGGACGUGUCAGAAGACAUCCGCCGAGAGGCAUCGAGGAUUUUACAGGGAGCCAAUACACCAAGGAGCAAUAUCCCAGCACAAGAAAGACGUACCUUGAAACAGCUCAAGUCCAAUCAAGAUAUUGUCAUCUUAGCCGCUGACGAAGGAAAUGUCACCGCCAUCCUUAACACCGAGGACUACCAUGACAAGAUCCAAGAAUUACUCUAUAGACUACCGAAGUUCCACAAGUCUGGAAUUCCCCUUCGACUCAUUGUAAGCGCCAUUGGUUCACCGACAUAUGAAGUCUCCAAGUACAUCGCGGGUCUUCUGAAACCAUUUAUUGGAUUAUCAUCAUCUUUCAUUACAGAUUCCAGUGACUUCGUUCAAAAAAUAAAUUUAAUUUCUCUCCAGCCAUCCGAUUUGCUCCUAAGCUUCGACAUUGUCUCACUCUUCACAAAAGUCCCAGUUGAAGAUGCAUUACAGCUGAUUACUCCACUUUUCCCUCCCGACAUCGCAGCCUUUUUCAAGAACGUCCUGACGACCACUUAUUUCCAGUGGAACACAAAAUUCUACGAACAAAGGGAUGGAGUUGCCAUGGGCAACCCCUUAAGCCCUGUCAUCGCUAAUUUCUACAUGGAGUUCUUCGAACAGAAAGCCCUUGCCUCCACCACAAAGAAGCCCGAGAUUUGGUUCCGAUACGUUGAUGACACUUUUGCGGUGUGGAGCUAUGGAGAAGAAGACCUGCAGUUGUUUCUUCAACAUCUGAAUAACAUUCAUCCCAGAUUUCAGUUUACCAUGGAGAAGGAGAGCAAUAAUCAGCUGCCUUUCCUCGACGUUCUUGUGACGAAAAAGGAAGACGGGACGCUCGGCCACCAAGUGUACCGCAAGCCCACACACACAGACCGUUACCUUCAUAAGAACUGA